AAGGUUAUCCUUGUUACUCAGUGGUAAACAAUGCAGAGUCAGGGUGACAGAGUGGCAGAGCUGAGGCGAACAGAUGAUGCUAGCAGAAUUGUGAAGCUUUGCGUUGGGCUCUGAAUUGGAGCCAGCAGCUGGAGGCUGUCCAGGACUAAAGUGUUUUUUGGGUUUUGUGGGUGGAAGGGAGGCGGGGACGGGAGAGCUGGGUAGCACUCAAACUAACUGUCUGCUUUGUCGUUGCUGGGGGGAUUGCUGUCUGCUGUGCUGUGGAGCUCUGCUUUGUGCUGCCUGGCUUACCGGAGCUGUGCCCCUUCCCUCCUCCUACCUGCUGCCUUCUCUUUUGGGGGAAUCCAUCCUUUCUUCUUACCUCUAUCUUGUAAGAGCUGAUGCGGUUCUGUUGCAUGGCUGAGUGACGUCACUGUCAGCACAACUUCCAGGACUCUGACGAAGCAGUGGCGAGCAGGAUGCUUUUCCCCACAUCCACGCAAGAGUCUUCCCGUGGCCUCCCUGACACCAACGACCUGUGCCUUGGCCUGCAGUCCCUUAACCUUACAGGGUGGGACAGACCUUGGAGCACCCAGGACUCUGAUGCUGCAGCACAAACCAGCCCACAAUCUGUUCUCAGCAUGCUGAGUAGCCCUCUGGGGAACGUCCUGGGGAAGCCCCCACUGGGUUUCCUGCCCCUAGACCCCAUUGGCUCAGACAUAUCAGAGAAGUUUUCCGCGCCGGCACUGAGGAAUUCCCGCCUGGAUUCCCGCUCCCUCCUGGACUCGCGUUCCAGCAGCCCUUCUGACUCGGAUACCAGCGGGUUCAGCUCGGGCUCUGACCACCUCUCAGACUUGAUUUCGAGCCUUCGCAUCUCCCCACCUCUGCCCUUUCUGCCCCUCAGUGGGGUGUCAAGAGACCCCCUCAAGAUGGGAGUGGGAUCACGGAUGGAUCAAGAUCAAGCUGCCUUGGCUACAGUCACUUCCCCUCCAGCCAGUGCAUCGAAAAGAUGGCCUGGAGCUUCUGCGUGGCCUUCCUGGGAUCUCCUGGACUCUCCGGAAGAUCCCUUCAGUAUUGAAAGAGAAGCCAGGCUGCACAGGCAAGCAGCAGCUGUGAAUGAAGCGACCUGCACCUGGAGUGGGCAGCUGCCCCCAAGAAACUACAAGAACCCUGUCUACUCCUGCAAAGUGUUCCUGGGGGGAGUUCCGUGGGACAUCACAGAAGUUGGACUGAUCAACACCUUCCGUGCGUUUGGCUCACUGAGUGUGCAGUGGCCUGGUAAGGAUGGCAAACACCCACGCUGCCCUCCCAAAGGUAAUAUGCCUAAAGGAUACGUUUACCUGGUGUUUGAAUCGGAGAAGUCCGUGCGUGCUCUGCUGCAGGCGUGCUCGCAGGACCUGCUGAGCCCCGACGGGCUCAGUGAGUACUAUUUCAAGAUGUCCAGCCGCAGGAUGCGCUGCAAAGAGGUGCAGGUGAUCCCGUGGGUGCUGGCAGACAGUAACUUUGUGCGCAGCCCCUCCCAGCGGCUGGAUCCCAGCAAAACGGUGUUUGUGGGGGCUCUGCAUGGGAUGCUGAAUGCAGAGGCCCUGGCAGCUGUCAUGUGUGACCUGUUUGGAGGGGUGAUCUACGCUGGCAUCGACACGGACAAGCACAAGUACCCCAUUGGGUCUGGCCGCGUCACCUUCAACAACCAGCGCAGCUACCUGAAGGCAGUGACUGCUGCGUUUGUAGAAAUCAAAACGACCAAGUUUACUAAAAAGGUUCAGAUCGACCCGUACCUGGAAGACUCCAUGUGCCAAGUCUGCAGUGCUCAGCCUGGCCCUUUCUUCUGCAGGGACCAGAUCUGCUUCAAGUACUUCUGCCGCUCCUGCUGGCACUGGCAGCACUCCAUGGAGGUCCUGCGUCACCACCGCCCGCUGAUGCGCAACCAGAAGAACGGGGACUCCAGCUAAAGCGGCGGUCGGGGCGCGGGCGCGGGGGAAAGUCCUUUUGUUAACCUGCCAAGUGGAGAGCGCACGAGCGUGCCUGCUGGUGCCAGACCCAGGCUGGGAACGCGCUUCCUGAGGACUAAUGGGAAAAUCUUACAUUCACGUUUGCACUUGCUGGUCUUUUUGUUUCUGCACUAAUGCACAGUGAAUUUUGUCGGGUUUUGUUUGGGGUUUUUGAGGGGGGGAAGUGCCCCCUCGAGCGAUUCUGCAGUUCCCAGACUUUGGUUCCUAGUUUGACGAGAAGCAAAAAGGGCCGCGUGUUGAGAAGGUGUUUAUGCAGAUGCCUUCACCUAGGUUUUUUAUUUAUUAAAGGCGCUUUUUUACAUUCCUUGCAAUACUGAUGGUAAUAAUGCAGGUCUCAUUGGCUCCAUUUUUUUGCAGUUGCCAUACAGUGCCUUUCCAUUCAUUUAACCCCCAUCUGAACGGCAUAAACUGAAUGUUCAGCUGGCGUUUUUUACUGUAACAACAAGGAGACUUUGCUCUUCAUUUAAACCAAAUCAUAUUUCAUAUUUUACGCUCAAGGGUUUUUACCAGUUCCUUUUUACACUCUUAAACAGUUUUUAAGUCGUUUGAAAUGAGAGAUUUUUCUUUCCUGGCAGCUUUUAACAUUAUUGCAAUUUGUGUCUGGGGGCUGCUGGUGGGAAGUUGUAAAUCGAGGCGUUUGCAACAGAAACAGGACAGGAUUUCUGGAUUUGAAACUGGACCGGAUAAAUGAUCUCUGAGCUGCUGUAUAUAGUUUUAAAUAGUUUGUUGCACUUAAGGGGGGUUGAUAGAGGUUUUUAAUCACAAAGUCACAGGACUUACUUUCCUUUUGUAACUAGCUAAAAAAGGGCUGCGUUUCGGCGGACGGAUGGAGGUUCAUAGGAGCCCUUUCUCUUAGAGGGGACAAGUACUCUUCCUUUUGUUUCAGAAAUGUAUGAAGUAAUGGUGCAGUCGACUGAAAUGCUGCUGGGAUUUGAGAUUUAUUUUUUUUUUUUACUUUCCCC